AUGCUUCUCUCAAUUGCUCUAUUGUUACUAGUGGGACAGACAUUGGCCUCGGCUAUCCAGGACCCUAUUAGAUUUGGCAUUCCAAAAUCUUAUGUCGACGAGAUAUAUGGCGAUUUGGUGGACACUCCAGGGUCUAGGCAACAUAAGGCGUACCUUCUCCAGCUGAACAGUGUAAGCUCUUCGUCCUUUGAGGACACUUACUCCAAGAACCCAUUCAGCCUGUACCAGGAAUUGGAGAGACAACAUAAGCUUCUGCUGAGGAAAGCAGCCCACAAUGGCUACUUGAGGCUGCGCCUGAAGAUCGACUAUCCAGACGAUGACGAUACUCUGGACUUGACAGAAUACAAUAUGUUUGGAGGAAUUGUGACUUAUGCUGGGUUUCCUACCUUCAAUUGCUUCGAUAAAGAACAGUUUGAUAAACAGAUUGACAUUGCCGUCGUUGGAGCACCUUUCGAUACUGGUGUGUCGUAUAGACCAGGUGCUAGGUUUGGACCUGAUGCUAUUCGGCUGGGAGCAAGAAGACUCGGCCAUGGUGGCGUUAAUCCAGGAAGGGGAAACACAAGAGACUCGCCUUUGGCUGGCAUUGACCCUUACAACACAGACUUAAGUAUAGUGGACUGUGGUGAUGUUCCGAUGACCCCAUUUGAUAACAGAAUAGCCUUGAAUCAGCUUUACAGAGGACAAAGAGCAAUUCAUAACCACAAGGGAAAACACAAUGCUCCAAGGAUCAUAACUAUGGGCGGUGACCAUACUAUCACGCUCAUGGCGUUGAGAUCAGCGUAUGAAAAGUAUGGCAAAUUAGCAGUGUUACAUUUCGAUAGUCAUAUCGAUACUUGGGACCCUAAAAAGCUCGGUGGCGGAAUCACAGAUUAUAUGUCCCUCAACCAUGGUACUUUCCUUCACUAUGCCGCCGAACAGGGCUACUUAGCCAAAGAUCAUUGUUUCCAUUUAGGUAUUCGUGCACCAUACAUUGACAGUGAAUACGACAAGAAGCACGACAAAAAAUGUGGGUUUGAUUUCUUUACAGCCAGGGAUAUUGACCAUUUGGGUAAGAAAGGGAUGGUUGAGAGAGUUAAGUCGGUUGUGGGCGAUUUGCCGGUUUAUAUUUCGGUUGAUAUCGACGUGUUGGACCCAUCAUUUGCACCUGGAACGGGAACUAUGGAAAUUGGAGGAUGGUCGACUCGGGAAUUGCUAUCCAUAUUGGAUUCCUUGGACGGUUUGAAUAUUGUGGGAGCUGACGUUGUGGAGGUCAGUCCGCCAUUUGACAAUAAUAGCGAGGUGACCAGUUUGGCUGCCACGGGAGUAAUAGAUUCAAUUCUCGGGCUUAUGAUAUACGACAUGAAAAAGUAA